AAUCCACAUCCAUCAUUGCAUUAUUUUUAAAUUCAUAAUAUAACCAGAAAAAUUAUAAUUUUAUUUCUAUACUUUUUAAAGCUUAUUUUGAAAAUAAUCUUAGAUGUCGCUAAAAUAAGGUAUAGUCAAGAAAAUCAUAUAAUUAUGGCAAGAUUAACUACACAAUAUAUUGAGAAGAAGUGCUCACAAGAGCAAUUAAAUAAAGCUCUCAAUAAAAAAAUAAAAAAAGAUCAAUUAUAUUUAACUCAUUUACGUAUGAAUAAUAUGUUUAUCAGCAAUAUUAGUAAUUUCAGUAAUUACAAAAAUCUUAAAGUAAUAUAUUUACAAAACAAUAAUAUUUCGAAGAUAGAAAAUUUACACUAUGCAUCUAACUUAACGCAUUUAUACCUACAGCAUAAUAUAAUAAGUAAAAUAGAAAAUUUAAAUUAUCUUGAAAAACUGCAAACACUUUAUUUAGGAUAUAAUAAAAUAUUAGUAGUAGAAGGUCUUGAAAAUUUGAAAAAUUUAACUGUUUUGCAAAUAGAAAAUCAAAAAUUACCUUUUGGAGAAUCAUUAUAUUUUGAUCCACGAAGUAUACUCGCUUUAUCCGUAAGUUUUUUUAUUGUUAUUUUUUUAUUAUAUAUAUUUAUACAUAUAUAUAAGCUUUUUCAGACUUGUUUAAAAGUACUUAACAUUUCUGGUAAUAAAAUAACAUCUCUAAAAAAUAUUAAAGAAUUAUAUAAAUUAGAAAUUCUAGAUGCUACAAAUAAUAUUAUUGAUGAUAUCAAUGAUUUAACAGAGACUAUAAAUAUUCUGAUUUCUUUAAAAGAUCUAUCUUUACAAGGUAAUCCUAUAACAAAAUAUUAUAGGUACAAGGAAAAUCUUAUUGCAAAUAAUGAUACAAUAAAAACUCUUGAUGGAAAAACGGUGACAGAUGUAUGUAGAUGUUUUAUGAAAAGAUUUAAGAUGAAAAAACAUCUUUAUCAUACUAAAAAAUUAUUAAAUACUGCGGAUGAAGACAUUACAAGUUCAUUAAAUUUACCACCUGCAUUGAAAGCAUCAAUAUCCAGAGCAAUAUUUCAACAUCCUGAUUCAAAAUUGUCUACAAUUACAUCUGUAAUUAAUAAGACACAAUCAUAUAUAUAUCCAUCAUGGAAAAUUGGUGCAAAUAUUAUAAAAAAUGGCCGUAUUACUCCAAAACCAUUUUGGAAUACGAUUAAAAUUAAAAAAACUAAAAAGUCUAAUCAUGUACAACCAAUAUUAAACACUGAAAUUAUUAAAUUACCACCUAUUUAAAUAAUUUAUUAAUAUUUUAUUACACAGAGUAUGGAAUAUGCAAAAAAAAAAACAAAUUUUUUGGAUUAGAGGUAUUUUUCUUAUUUAUUAAAAAAUUAUUCUUUUUUAAAAAAUUAUUUCUAAUUCAUUGUAUAUUUUUUAUUUAAUUUUUUUAUAAUUAAAUAUUAAAUAAUUUUUAUAUAAAUCAUUAAAUUAUUGCCUGCAUGCUGGAAAGUCGUGUAUGAGAUAAAAAUAAAAUCAAUAAUUAAAUUGCACAAAAAAUAUAUGGCAAAUCAUGUAAAAAAAGCGGCAAACUAAUUAUAAUUAUUUUGUACAACUUUCUAGCACUGAGGCGACAUUUAUAUGUGCAUUAACAUAAAAUUUUGAAAUAAAAUACAUUAAAAUUCAUGCGUGUAAAACAAUAAUUCACAUUAAAUAUAACAAAACGUGCAUAGUUAAAGAGUUACGAUUUUCUUAUACAUAAAAUACUAUUACAUAAUUGUAUAUUAUAGAACUAUAAUAUUAAGUAUAAUAUUGUAAUUAUCAUAUUAUGACUAAAUGAAUCAUAGAAAAUUUAUUAAAGUACAAAAUACUAUUAACUACAUUUGUACACUGCUUGAAGAUUUAUACUUUAUUUUUAAAGCUUAAGUUGAAUAUAAUAAAGAAUUUUUAUUCUCUAUAUUAUAUCUUCAAUAAGCAACUCUUCAAGCAGAGUUAAUAUAAAAUUUUGAUAAAUAUAAUUGUAUGAAUAAACGAAUAAAUAAAUUUUAAAUGACACAAGCAUUUAUGAUACAUAUUUGUUAGUCACUAUAAGCAUGGAAUGUUAGAUACAAUAAAAACAAAUAUAUAAAUAAUGGAAUUAUAAGGUACAAGAAAAUCAAUAUCUUCUUUAAUAUAAUUUUACUGUUUUUUUUUUAAUAUCGAAACAUAAAAAAUUAAUUUACGAAAUUUGUAAAAGUGCUUAUAAAUAAAAAAAAAAUAAAAACUUACAAGAAAAUACAAUGGUUGAGCAUAUCUGAAAUAUAAGUUAAUACUAUGAAAUAAAGUGAGAUUAAUCGAUGUAUUUUGUAACAUUCAAAUAAUUCAUUAGUUGCCAGCAUAAAAUGAGUUGGUAAUAUACAAGAGAAAAUGCAUUUCACACGUAGAUGAUCUAUGAUAUUCUUUUGCUCUAGAAAUUUUUAUAUUUUCUUUUUUUAAAUAUUAAAUUAUAUAAUUACAACAAUACUAACAAAUAGAAAUGCAGAAAAUAUUUAAUCUUCAAGAAAAAUUAUAUAUAGUAAAUGUAAAUAAUUACAAAAUUAUAUAUUAUAUACUAAUAUAAAUAUUUCAAUUUAUUAUAUAUUAUUUAAAAAGUACAAAAGUAAAAAAAAAUUUCAUUUACAAUCAAUAUGCAAAUGUUAAUAAUUUAAUAUUAUAAAAUAAAUGCUUUGUGCAAAAUGCAAGUAAUAGUAAUGUAGCUUUUAAAUAAUAUAUGAAAGAACAAAAGCAUAAACAAGCCUUCUACAGUGUGAUAUGCAUAUUUUAAUGUCGUUUCUUAAUUACCACAUGUACAAUAUAUAUAUGUAUGUGUAUAUAUAUGUGUAUAUAUAUAUAUAUAUAUAUAUAUAUAUAUAUAUAUAUAUGUACUCACA